AAGAGCAAGAUGCAAAGCUAGUCGAUGCACUCAUGGAAUUACAUGUAUCGCGGAAGUAUGUACCUGCUACUAUCGACUUUAAGUAUGCUAACACAGUGCAACGCUUGAUGGAUCCAACUUUUAAAUAUACAUGGAAGACUGUAAAGAAUAGGAUGAGGAAUUUAGAAGUAAACUUCUACAUAUUGCGCAACAUGCUUCGCAGCAGCUACGGAUUCAGUUGGGAUCAGGAGAAAGCUUGUGUUAUUGCAGACAAGGAUGUAUGGGACAAGUACCUUGAUAUUCAUCCACAAGCUGGUCAAUUUAGAAAACAACCAUUUCCCCAUUACGCCAAGCUUUGCAUCAUAUAUGGUCGGGAAUAUGCUGCUGGUCCUCAAACAGAUGGUCUUGGAGGUAAAGUGGUAGUAGGAGAAAACCAAGUGAGUCCAAUUGUGGAAGCUAAAGACUUGCAUGUUAUUGAGGAUGUUCCUUCAUAUUAUGGAGUUGUAGAAAGUGUGAUCAGUAAACUAAAAAGAGCCGGUGAUGAUGAAACUUGUGCGGAAUCACUGGAGAAACAGAAGAAUGCCAUUGAAGAUUUUGGGCCUACUUAUAUUGAGAACUCAAACCGGAGGGCAAAUCAAGGUAUUAAUAAUGUAGCCAGUGACAUGAUGGACAAAGUUGUGACUCAAAUGAAAGAUUUGCCUAGUCUGAUUCUUGAUGAAAGUCUUAUAGCAAUGUCUGUGAUCGGUAGGAGUGCAGCACUUUCCAAAAUGUUUGAUCGAUUGGACGAGGAUGGAAAAGUUCGCAUGGCACAAUUGGUUGCAAAUGGUUCCAUAAGUUAGGCAUACUGGUUUGUUAGUAUUGUGAUGAUGUUCCUUUUAACUGAUGUUUGUAAAUUGUGUUAUGUUUAAGUUCUACUGUCUCAGCUUAUUAAAAUU